GAGCAGGUGGAGGAGAGCGUCCUCACCAUCGGCAAGUUCCACAACGUGGUGAAGCUGGUGGCCUUCGCCCCAUUCAAGUCGGCGCAGAGCGCCCUGGAGAACAUCAACGCCGUCUCCGAGGGGAUCCUCCAUGAGGACCUGCGGCUUCUGCUGGAGACCUCCAUGCCGGCCAAGAAGAAGAAGGCGCUGCUGGGAGUCGCCGACGCCAAGAUUGGGGCGGCCAUCCUGGAGGAGCUGGGCUACCAGUGCCAGACCGGGGGGGUGGUGGCCGAGAUCCUGCGGGGGAUCCGCCUGCACUUCCACGCGCUGGUGAAGGGUCUCACCGCCCAGUCGGCCUCCAAAGCCCAGCUGGGCCUCGGCCACAGCUACUCCCGGGCCAAGGUGAAGUUCAACGUCAACCGGGUGGACAACAUGAUCAUCCAGUCCAUCAGUCUCCUGGACCAGCUGGACAAGGACAUCAACACCUUCUCCAUGCGCGUGCGGGAGUGGUACGGGUACCACUUCCCCGAGCUGAUCAAGAUCGUCUCGGAGAACUACACCUACUGCCGGCUGGCCAAGUUCAUCGGGAACCGCAAGGAGCUGAGUGAGGAGAGCCUGGAGGGGCUGGAGGAGAUCGUCAUGGACAGCGCCAAGGCACAGGCCAUCCUGGAGGCCUCCCGCUCCUCCAUGGGGAUGGACAUCUCCCCCCUCGAUCUCAUCAACAUUGAGAGCUUCUCCAGCCGUGUCAUCUCCUUGUCCGAGUACCGCAAGGGCCUGCAGGAAUAUCUGCGCUCCAAGAUGAGCCAGGUGGCUCCCAGCCUCUCGGCCCUCAUCGGGGAGGUGGUGGGCGCCCGCCUCAUCUCUCACGCCGGCAGCCUGACGAACCUGGCCAAGUACCCGGCCUCGACGGUGCAGAUCCUGGGGGCCGAGAAAGCCCUCUUCAGGGCUCUGAAAACACGAGGGAACACCCCCAAGUACGGGCUGAUCUUCCACUCCACCUUCAUCGGGCGAGCGGCCGCCAAGAACAAGGGCCGCAUCUCCCGGUACCUGGCCAACAAGUGCACCAUCGCCUCCCGCAUCGACUGCUUCUCAGAGGUCCCCACCAGUGUCUUUGGGGACAAGCUGCGGGAGCAGGUGGAGGAGCGCUUGGCCUUCUACGAGACGGGGGAGCCGCCCCGCAAGAACCUGGAGGUGAUGAAGGAGGCUGUGGUGGAGGCGAGCGAGGUGGUGGCUGAGGUCAAGAGGAAGCAGGAGAAAAAGGAGAAGAAGAGGAAAAAGCGGGAGAAAGAGAAAAUGCGGGAGAAGCAACGGUUGGAGGCCCUGGCUGCGACUGCGGAGGAGAACUCCGUGCUGGAGACAGAGGAGAACAACAUUGAGCCGAAGAAGAAAAAGAAGAAGAAGCAGCAGCAGGAGGUUGAAUCUGAGGAGGAGGUGGAGGUUGCCUCGGAGCCAGAGGAGAACGGGCUGGAGGAAGAGGUUUUGCCCAAGAAAAAAAGGAAACUCAUGGCGGAGGCUGACCAGGAGGAGGAGAAGAAGAAGAAAAAGAAGAAGAAGAAGGAGAAGGCCAGGGACUCGGAGGAGGACUAGGGGAGCAGGGUGAGGCUGGAGCCCAGCCGUGCUCCAGCAGUAAGGACUCAUGGACUGGUAGGAGGUUAGCCCAGCAUGGGUUUGUGUGUGGCCCCUCUCCUGGCCACUGGCAUUUCAUGGCAGCUGCAUGCCCGGCCGUGCAACGCCGUGGGGCGGCCACAUGGAACACGGUUUGUCAUCUGGGGGUCUGGGUGGGUCCCUUCAGCCAGGCUGGGGUGGCAGCAGCCCCUGGGGCAGUGCUGGAGCCUGGCUGUGCCUUACACAGCACCGCCUCCCGGAGCCCCCCUUCCCGUGGGGGGCUGUAUGUAGCGUCUGUUACAGGGCUGUGUCCACCGCCUGCGUGGGGCAGGACACUGCUCGGUGUGACUGGACCUCAAUAAAGGGCUGAGGUGGUUGUUGAUCCUC